GACCCGUUCAAUGUUAUUAAAACGUUGUAUGAUAAUGAGCCACCACUUUACCCGCUGAACCACUUGCCGCCGACCGCCCAUCCCCCUACCCAACCCCAUCUAAAUGCGAACACCCUCCCGGAGAAAGAACCAGAGAUAAAGAGAGGGAGAGUCGGAGAGAGAAAGAGGGAGAAUCAGAGAGUCAGAGUGAGUCGGCGGGUUAUUCAUUCAUCGUCAGGAGUUUUGCGCAACGAGACGACACUGCUUUGUUUAGUGAUUUGCUGAACAAGGGUCGCAUUUCAGUUUAUGUGUCUUGGAAGGACGUCUUGCACCGGCUCGGACCGGACACAAUCCGUCGGACUUUGAGUGAAGCAGCGUCCGGAAUCUCAGGACUCCCAAUUAGUCAGCUGCAACCUUUUGCCCACAAGCGCCUUUUGACACCCCAAAUAUUUAGCGCGCCAGUAUAGCGACAUUAUCGCAGUACCGAAACCUCUCUUUAGAUAGGUAGGCUACGGCGGUUCCAGAAGAACUGAGGACGGCUUAUUCCUAGGUCUCUCCUCCAGUCUCCAUUGCAGCUUUGGAGAUAAGGAUUGCAAUUGGGAGGGGGUGUGCGCUACUCCUCGGUUGACAGAGACACACCGAAACACACUGUGACACACACCUCACACAGACCAGGAAUUCUGUAGCCCGGUGACCACAUUUGGGGAUCUACUUAUUUCUAAGAAUAUUCUUCGACGACGCCAGUAACAGAUGGAUACGGAUUACGGAUCCGUGCGCUGAGCUGCAGCACCGAUGAGCCCGCGGGACACGUAGAGACUUUGCUGCACCGUUCUGACCAAGAGUUUUCAUCUGAAGUGACAACGAGGGAGAGAGGACAUCCUCACCGCAGCAAUCAUGAAGUCCGUCCCGCGCGGUGUCGACCAUGUCCCUCUCGGCACGCCCGUCCAGACGGGUCCUCAACAGGUCCAUCACUAGGAGCCAGAGCUUCGCCGGAGUCAACACCUACGACAAGGCCUACAGGAACCUAUCGGUGUUCACCGCUCCGGGUCUCAGCAGGAAGACGAGCCGGGCCAGCAGAAUGUUCAACAUGACCACCAAGUCCAACACGCCGCCCAAAGUCCCCCAGCCAGAGAGGCUGGACGAGGUCUACGAGGCCCUGAAGAAAGGCCUACAGACCUAUCUUCAGGUCCACCAGGUAGAACUGGACAGCCUCAGCCGACAGAUGAAGGAAUCCAAGCGGAACUCUCGACUGGGCUUCCUUUAUGAACUGGACAAGCAAGUGAAGGUGAACGAGAGGUUCAUCAGAAGACUGGAGUUCCAUCUCAGUAAGAUAGAGGAGCUGUACGAGGCAUACUGCCGGCAGCGCAGGCUCCGGGACGGGGCGGAGAAGAUGGUGAAGGCCUACACCGCCUCGUCCAGCAGCAAGGAGGCGCGGGAGAGCCUGUCGGAGGCCAACAAGAGCUACAAGGAGUACACCGAGAACAUGUGUGUGCUGGAGAGCGAGUUGGAGAGCCAGCUUGGGGAGUUCCACAUUCGGAUGAAAGGUCUGGCUGGAUUUGCCAGGUUAUGCGCCGGAGACCAGUAUGAGGUCUUGAUGCGGUACGGGCGACAGCGGUGGAAGCUGAGAGGGAGGAUAGAGAUCAACGGUAAACAGGACUGGGACAGCGAGGAGAUGGUCUUUCUGCCGCUCGUCACAGAGUUCCUCUCAAUCAAGGUAACGGAGCUGAAGAGCUUGGCCAAUCACGUGGUCGUAGGGACCGUGUCGUGCGAGACCAAGGACCUGUAUGCUGCUCUCCCGCAGACGGUCGCCGUGGACAUCAACGACCUGGGGACCAUUAAACUCAGUCUGGAGGUCACAUGGAAUCCGUUUGAUAAGGACGACCCGUCGUCCGCCGCCAGCACUGUCAAUAAAGCUCCGAGCGUCAACAAGAGGUUCUCCACCAUCUUCAACCAGAGCCCCCCAGACACCCCCUCACUGCGGGAACAAGCCUUCUAUAACAUGCUGCGGCGGCAGGACGACCUGGAGAACGGCACGGCCUGGUCCAACUCCUCCGAGUCCUCAGACGACUCCUCCAGCCCCCGGCUGUCGGCCGGCGGCCUGCGACACUCCUCCUCCGACAAGCCAGCGGUAACCACUCCAGAUCGCCAACCGGCAGCGACAGGAAGUAGCAGCCCGCAGAUAGACAUCACGUUCUGUCCUAAAAGCGCCACUUCCUCAACACCUAACUCCGCCCACAAAGGGGUGGGGGGGUCGGCGGACAGCCAAGCGGAGCUCCAGAGGGACGACGGGAGCGGCACGGCCGUCCUACCCGCCAACGGCGGCGGGGACGAGGACUCUGGGAAGCCGUCGCCAGCGGCGACCAAAGCGAGCGCGGCGGCGGCGGCGGCCUCCGGAGGCACGCCGAGGCCCUUCAUGCGCUCGCUGAGCCACAUCAGCGAGAGCAGCGCGGACGGUUCGCUGGGGGCCGAGGUCACCCCCCUGGCGUCGCCCCUCUCCAUCACUGACAUCACAAUGGAGCUCCCGGACCCCGCGGCGGAGCUCCAGGGGGGGGGCGGCCCCCUCACACACACCGCCCCGCAGCCAGAGGCCCCUCCUCCGCCGGGGGGCCAGGGGGGCCCGCCGCCGACGCAGGACGGAACCUUCCUGGCGCACAGGGUGCUGGUGGACCCCGAGGAGAGGCCCGGGGGAGGGGCCCGGGCAGGGCAGGGGGAGGAGGAGGGGGAGGAGGGGGAGGAGGGGGGCCUGGUUGACAGCGGGGUGGAGGAGGCCCUGGAGGCCGUGGUCUCGUCGCUGGACGACUACCGGGGACAGUUCCCCGAGCUGCAGCUGCUGGAGCAGGAGCUGCGGCUGCUGCAGCUCACGCUCAAGGGCGGUAAGCACAGCCGGUCUCCUAGCAUCGUCAGCCUCACUGUGGAAACCGCUUUGGGGAGUUUCGACUUUCUGAAUGGCUCGGACGCUGAUGAGGAAGAGGACGGUGCAGGAAGAAAGAGUCGAAACGGCAGUGCCCAACAUGAGAGGGAUUGGAUGGCCUCCCCUGCCUUUCUCACCACUGGCUGUGCUGCGCUAGACCGCACCCUAGUGGUCCACCUGAACAACUGCAGCUCCCAGCUCCUGCGGCUGGGAAUGUUUGGUCCACUGCGCUGCGGUGAGAUGUACGCGUUGGACCGACUGCUGCUGGAAGCCCGCAUCUUGGAAAUGGUGCGGCGGGCAGCCAAGGAGUCCCCCAGAGCGCUGAGCCGACCUGAAGAAGUUAUCCCGCAGUUGGAGCACUGCCAAGGGGCCUUGUUGGUAUGGCAACAGUGUGUUGGGAGGGGUCAUCUGUACCAUGUGACCACGGAGUCCCUCCUCACUGCCCUUGGCCUGCUGUGCUCCUUCAAACUGCCUGAGAAGAUGGCCGACGCCGCAGACUUGGUCUUCCAGCGUCUAGUGGAGCGGAUACUCGAACGGCGUUUACCACGGAGGAGUACCGACAAAGACGUCGUCCUCGUGACCAUCUUCCAGUUGUGGAGUUACCUGGAGGUGGAAGGCAUUAAAGACCUGAACGCGCACGUCAGUGAACUGGCCGAGGAGGUCCGAUUGGUCCAGAGCCUCUCGUCAGGUGACCAGGAAGUGUUGGUGCGCGCUCUGCGCCGCCCCCCGGACUGCAGCCUGAAGAGGGAGGGGCUCCAUGCGGUCGCUAGGUUACUGCGGGACCACCGAGGCAAGGUGUCGGCCUCGGCCAGCUCGCUCUUCAGAAGCCUGGCCGAGCAGCCCAGGUCCCGUGAGAGGGCCUUGGUGAUCUGCCUGGAGCUUCUGGAGGACACGGAUGUGGAGACGCGGGUGUGUGGCUGCAAGGCUCUGGCGUGCUUGAAGGCCAAAGAAGGCAUUGAGCAGCUGGUGUAUUUGUGUCGCACAGACAAGGAGGAAGUUCGAGACGCUGCCAAACAAGCCCUUCUUGUGCUGGGCGAGGAGGGCAGGAUGGCCUUUAGGCACGUGGAGACGUCACAGGAAGGUCUCCCCAGCCUGUUCACGCCCGGAGGCAUGGCCAGCACAGCGUUCUGAAGACAGCCUUCUCUCUCCCUCAAACACACACACUCUGUACGUCUGGUGGUAGUGACACACACACACACACACACACACACACACACACACACACACACACACACACACACACACACACACACACACACACACACACACACACACACACACACACACUCUGCUGCAGAGUGAACUGCCUUAAACAGAGGAGGGUGGAGAUGAGCGGACGCAGAGCCUCAGGAAGGUGGACUGACUGAUGGGAUAAUGAAGGGGGAGGGAAGGCUUAACAAGCAUUUAUGCUUUUAUAUUGAGCUCCUGAGUUUGAUUAUAUGUAUUAAAGCAACCAUAUCAAUGCCUCCCGGGGUUGGAAGAGGAGGUGGGGGUUCAUUGCACUUUUGGUAUUCUGAUUUCACAUUGGAUUCAAGAUACAAAUAGCGUUCAGACGGAGCUGUGUGUAACUUUAUUUUUUAUUCGAAUGAAUCCGUUGUUAAGAUGCAGUAACUCCCUCAAACAUUGUUUAUUACAGCCCGGUUUGUUAUGAAUAGUGACAUGGUUCAUAAUUAACUUGGAUGAUGGCGUAUUAUAAAUUCUUCAUUAUUGCCACUUGGUAAACUCGUAGUUGGUAGAUGUAGUCAAACUUACCAGUGCCUGCUGUCAUUACGUUUAUUAUCUUUGAGUUUGAGUUUUGAAAUGCUUAUUAGCACAAAGCUAGCAAUAAACUAUUUGUGUUCAGCUGUACUGAACCAGGGAAACCUUUCUUGGGCUAAAACAUUGUAUGCUAAAACAUAAGGGGGAUAACCUGACUUGUGAAUUACCUAACAGGUAUACGGGGGUACCCUGGUAGUAAUAAGUGCAUCGGUCCCCUUAUCUCCCUGGCCUACCUCUGAAUACUACAAUAGGACACUAGAAUAUGUCUUCAGCGUAAAGCUCCUUUAGGACGAGGAAACCGGAAUGGAUUCUAUUGAGUGUCUGGCUCAAGAAAAAUACAAACGUACAGACUGAUGGAUGGACGACAGACAGACUAACACAUGAACUCGAAAGAGAACUGAUCUUGGGACAGUCCAGGUGUGUCUGGCCUCUUUAACCACUAGACGAGCCCACAAAGAAAAGGAUUCCCACCACAAUCUGCAGAAAGAAGCCAAUCUACUGAAAGGAUGAGAUGGUGCAUUCAUUGGUCUAUGUAUGUGUCUAUUCCUUCAUUUACAUCCUUCAGGAAAGGGAACUGCCGAUUAACCACGGAAACCUGCGCCUCGGCUCAAUCGAUUAGUUUGAGAUCAAAUACUGUUUGUGUUUGACUGCAUAACAUUGGGAGGUCAUCUGCUUGUUAAAAAUAUUCCCGUUUGAUGAGAGAGCUCAUAUAUAUAUAUAUAUGUGUGUGAUGAGAGUUAGGAGCCAUUGGGUGAAGCGAUUCGGUGCCAUUGUGUGAAUGAUAUGCAUGAGAAUUGCUCAGCCUGUUCUCCCUUGAAAUAUAAAUAUAUAUAUAUAUACUAAUAUAACUAUACUUCACUGGAAUUGUACAUGUUAUGUGAUUGUCUUGUAAAUUUGUUUUUAUUUUAUAGCAUACUCUUAAUUUGUACAUUUAUUUGUAUUCUUUUAUAAAAGCAUUAUUAUGCCUGGUGAUGCAUCAACUGUAUAUUAUCUACUGUAAAGGUUAUUGGGUUCUUUUUCAAAGCACUUCAGCUAUUGUCUAUUUCUAUUUGGGUUAUUGUUACAGAAACCCGGCUGCAGAAGAUGACUCCAAAUUCAACAAGUCUUCCACAGAGCGCUUAAUGUACCAUGUGAACUAACCAAACAGAAUCAUAGUAUUCGUGUUUAUUUUCUGAUUUGCUGAGUAGCUUGCAUUAAGGAGCAUGCUGGGAGCAUUUAGUUUUCUCUGAUGAAAAGAAGAGCAUGUAAUGAGUAACCCAUGAAUUGGUGCAUGUUUAUAAACGGCAGCAUUAGAGUUCAUAGAAUCAACAAAAGGGCAACUGCUGUAAACUAUUCUGGAUUUAAGAAAGGCCCAGAGGGAAAUCAUAUACUUUUCAAUUGGAAUGAUAAUUUACCAGGAAACCUUUUUUGUUUUUAACCUGUAUGUCUUUUUUCAUCUUCCCACCCCAUGACUACUGAUGUAUGGGGUCUAAAGGUCUGAGCAGUCUUUGGUUUUAUUUUCCCUCUCAUGUUAACCAAGUGCUUGGAUCAAACAUUGCAUUAAUCAUAUUGCAGCCCGAUCCCCGUCCUUUCCCCCAGAGAAACCAAAUAAGAUGGGCAGGCCCUCGGGAAAUGCAAUCAGCCUCAAAUCAAAAGACCGCUAUUGAAACAAGACUCAAUCGGGAAGCUGCUUUCCUAGUAAGGAUUAAACCAUGGUUGAAAUCCUGUUUAAUUACAAGCAAUAAUUACUCAAUACUGUGCUCUUUGUUUUGAUCAUGAUCAAAGUUGUUAAAAUGUAUAAAAGAAAACUUGUGGUUGGGGGCAAUCUGUGCUAAAACAUUGAUGCAUUUAAAAUGUGCCAGUUCAGUUCUGCAUGAAAAGGGAACACAGAAAAUAGGCUGUAGGCUAUUGCUGAAUCAUUGAAGACCAUCUUCUUCGAUGGUCGCACUUCUAUUUGCCACUGUAUACCUCCGAUAGUGAACCUAGGACAGCAAUAAUCUACAGAUAUACCUCUAGAUUAGAAUACUUCAGUGUGUAAGUGCCUCGAGUGGUGAUGCAAUCCUGUGAGCCUUUGGGGAGAUUAAGAUUUAUAGAAAAAAAAAGAUGAACCAUAGGAAAAAAGGUGAGGCAGAACAUAGAUUUUAUAUAUUUUUUUCAAUAAGGCUGAUAGACUGCAGCAUUGGAAGCAAAAUAUUUUUUCUAUAAAAUAUUGCCUGGCAGUUGUAUUGCCUGAUGUCAAAUGUAUAUAAGUAAUUAAAAUAUGUCUAAAGUGAUUGUGUUGCUUGUUCAGUGUCUGGUGUCCAUUUUUGAGCGUAUAGAAUUUAAACAUAUAAAAUAAAAACAUCCAAUUCAGUUUAGUAGCCUAGUCAUGACUGAAAGCAGUGUAGAAAUGAACACACGUUUUCUUCAUUACGUUAGUCCUAAAGCUGAACCACAUUUAAAGUUAGUCCCUAUGUCCUCAAAAUAAACUGCAUUUAUUUUGUCACAGGCCUACAAUGAUUACUUCAAGUUUAAUUUCUAAAACGCUCCGGAUAAAAGCAACUCAUAUAACCAGCAUUUUAACUCCAGAGUAAUAGUAACUAGA